AUUGGUAUCCCGGACGAGAGCAGAAUCAUUAUAAAAUUUUUCGCCCUACUGUCAAGACACAACUGAGUUCGCUCCUUGAAGCCUCGAAAUUGUUUAGUUCCGGAAGUCGAAACAUGGUCCUUUUGGUAGUUCCUCAGUUCCGGGCGAUGCGGUACAUCGGAAGGCUGCUCCGAAAAAGCUUUUCCACGAAUAUUGGUGAAAAUCGUGCCGAGAAAGGUUUAGUUCUUGGACUGUACGAACAGGAGAUCGAAUCGGAUGAACCGAGGCUGACACCCGUAGCCGGACAUUUCGAUGCCAAAACAGAGGGACAGCUUCAGAACCUAAUAAAAGAGUCCAACUUGAAAGGAAAAAUUGGUUCCUGUAAAGUAUUCAAUAAUAUCGAUCCCGAUUUUGGCUCAGUUGCAGUUGUCGGUUUGGGGCUUGAAGGUCUGGGUUACAACGAACUGGAACAGCUUGACGAGGGUCUAGAGAACAUCCGUAUUGCCGCUGGAGUAGGAGCUCAUUGUCUGGCCAUAAAUGGAUGCACAAGAAUAUGGGUGGAUCCGAUGCAGGCAGCCGAACAAGCUGCAGAGGGCAGUGGGUUGUCUACAUGGAAAUACCAAGCAAAUAAAAUGAAACAGGAGCGAAUUCCUAUUCCGAAAUUGGAGUUGUUCGAUUCUCCGGAUGGGGAUGCUUGGACGCGUGGUUUGUUCAAAGCCGAUGCACAAAAUUUAGCCAGAAGUCUUUCGGAUGCUCCAGCAAACCAAAUCACUCCAACGGCAUUUGCACAAGCGGCCGUCGAUGCAUUAUGUCCCUGUGGGGUAAGCACGGAGGUUCGUAAUAUGGAUUGGAUCGAAUCGAAAAGUAUGGGAACGUUCCUUGCGGUAGCUAAAAGUUCGUGCGAGCCUCCCGUUUUCCUGGAAAUCAGUUACUGUGGUGAACAUGACACAGGACGUCCGAUAAUGAUGGUUGGAAAAGGAAUCACCUUCAAUAGCGGUGGUUUGUGUCUGAAGGAAUGUGAUGGCAUGUCACAGUACAGGGCCAGCAUGGCCGGAGCUGCUACGAUCGUGGCUACGAUUCGGGCUGCGGCUGCAUUAUCACUUCCCGUGAAUUUGGUUGGGCUGAUACCGUUGUGCGAAAAUAUGCCAUCGGGAAUGGCAUUCAAACCAGGAGAUGUUAUCACGACGCUCAAUGGCAAGACCGUUGCAAUCCAUGAUACGAACAAUGCCGGUCGGUUGAUCAUGGCCGAUACUUUCAUCUAUGGUCAAGCGACGUUCAAACCAAAAAUCGUCCUGGAUGUGGCUACCCUGACAAAUGGUGUAACACACGCUUUGGGUGGUGCUGCGAGCGGUGUUUUUGCGAAUUCCGACUUCUUGUGGAAACAAAUGCAGAAGGCCGGAGCGAUAACGGGCGAUCGUGUUUGGAGGAUGCCUUUGUGGAAGUAUUUCACGCACAAAGUCACUAAUUACAGCAACGUUGACAUGAGCAAUACCGGUCAAGGCAAGGGCAGUUCUUGUCUGGGAGCCGCGUUCCUGAAGGAGUUCGUUCCAUGUGUAGAUUGGAUUCAUCUGGACGUCACUGGCGUCGGUAUGCUCAAAAAAGGCGUUGGAAUUCCAUACCUCACGGAGAAUCGAAUGACGGGCCGACCGACUCGAACGCUCGUUCAGUUCCUGUACCAGAUGGCGUGUCCCGACGAACAGGUCAAAAGUCUGAAAGAGAAGGGCGUUGGCUCACAAUAAAUAAUUUGUUUUCGAUGCCCUAAAUUUGUAAGUGAUGGAAGGGAAGUGCGCUUUGUUUUCAACGAUAAUUUAUUUUUUAUCAUCUGAAUUUUAAUAAAAUCCUAUAUUGUGUAAA